CGGGACCCAGCAUGCGCCGCCCGGUCUGGCUGGCGCUGGCGGCGUCGCUCCUGCGCGUGUCCCUGCAAGGCGAGUUCCAGAGGAAGCUCUACAAGGAACUGGUCAAGAACUACAACCCCUUGGAGAGGCCCGUGGCCAACGACUCGCAGCCGCUCACCGUCUACUUCUCCCUGAGCCUCCUGCAGGUCAUGGACGUGGACGAGAAGAACCAAGUUCUAACCACCAACAUUUGGCUGCAGAUGUCUUGGACAGAUCACUAUCUGCAAUGGAACACGUCGGAGUACCCGGGCGUGAAGACGGUCCGCUUCCCCGACGGCCAGAUCUGGAAGCCAGACAUCCUUCUUUACAACAGUGCCGACGAGCGAUUCGAUGCCACGUUCCACACCAACGUGCUGGUGAAUUCUUCCGGGCACUGCCAGUACCUCCCUCCAGGCAUCUUCAGGAGCUCCUGCUACAUCGACGUGCGCUGGUUCCCCUUCGACGUGCAGCAGUGCGACCUGAAGUUCGGGUCCUGGUCCUACGGAGGGUGGUCGCUGGAUCUCCAGAUGCAGGAGGCAGAUGUCAGCGGCUACAUCCCGAACGGAGAGUGGGACCUCAUGGGAAUCCCGGGCAAGCGCAGCGAGAAGUUCUAUGAGUGCUGUAAAGAGCCGUACCCCGACGUCACCUUCACGGUGACCCUCCGCCGCAGGACCCUCUACUACGGCCUCAACCUGCUCAUACCCUGUGUGCUCAUCUCUGCCCUGGCCCUCCUGGUCUUCCUGCUGCCCGCAGACUCCGGGGAGAAAAUCUCCCUCGGGAUAACAGUGUUGCUCUCUCUCACCGUCUUCAUGCUGCUGGUGGCUGAGAUCAUGCCUGCGACGUCUGACUCCGUGCCCUUGAUAGCCCAGUACUUCGCCAGCACCAUGAUCAUCGUGGGCCUCUCCGUGGUCGUCACGGUGAUUGUGCUACAGUACCACCACCACGACCCCGACGGCGGCCAGAUGCCCAAGUGGACCAGGGUCAUCCUCCUGAACUGGUGUGCCUGGUUCCUGCGCAUGAAGAGGCCGGGGGAGGACAAGGUGCGGCCGGCCUGCCAGCACAAGCCGCGCCGCUGCAGCCUGGCCAGCGUGGAGAUGAGCGCAGUGGCCGGGCCGCCGGCCGCCAACGGCAACCUGCUCUACAUCGGCUUCCGCGGCCUGGACAGCAUGCACUGCGCCCCCACCCCGGACUCGGGGGUCGUGUGCGGCCGCCUGGCCUGCUCCCCCGCGCACCUGCACGACGAGCACCUCCUGCACGGGGGGCCGCCCUCCGAGGGGGACCCGGACCUGGCCCAGAUCCUGCAGGAGGUGCGCUACAUCGCCAACCGCUUCCGCGGCCAGGACGAGAGCGAGGCCGUGUGCAGCGAGUGGAAGUUCGCCGCCUGCGUGGUGGACCGUCUGUGCCUCAUGGCCUUCUCCGUCUUCACCAUCAUCUGCACCAUCGGCAUCCUCAUGUCGGCGCCCAACUUCGUGGAGGCUGUGUCCAAAGACUUCGCUUAGGGGCCCUGGUCCUGUACAU